CGCAGAGGAACAUCGAACAGUUCCUCAAAUUUGAACCAUUAAAAUAAAUGAAUCGUUCGGGAUUAAAAUGAUAAAGGUGUUCUCAGUCUAAGUUGCACUACUGAAUGAAAAAAAUAAAACUGUCGCCCCCUCGAGCGGAGCUGAAUGCCGGAACCGAAGACCGAGCGCACCCUUCGUGCGUCCGCCGAAAUCUCUGCACAAGCGUCCAGCGAUUAAACUGCAGCCUCUUCGCCCUGCAGAGGAGCAUUGUCGCUAGAAACCCCAGUCACUGUGUAGGGGCAGCUUUGCUUUCCUCAAGAAUGGCGAGUUCAGAGCCGUACCGAAUCGAAAGGGACACCUUUGGAGAGCUCAAAGUUCCCAGUAACAAAUACUAUGGGGCACAGACUGUCAGGUCCACCAUGAACUUUAAAAUUGGUGGCGCUACAGAAAGAAUGCCAAUCCAGGUGAUCAAAGCUUUUGGGAUUCUUAAGAGAGCUGCAGCAGAGGUGAACAAAGACUAUGGCUUGGACCCAAAGAUUGCAGAUGCCAUUGUUAAAGCUGCAGAUGAGGUCACUGAAGGGAAAUUGGAUGACCACUUCCCCUUGGUGGUCUGGCAAACGGGCUCUGGCACUCAGACCAACAUGAAUGUGAAUGAGGUCAUAAGCAACCGGGCCAUUGAGAUUCUGGGUGGCAAAUUGGGUAGCAAGGACCCAGUACAUCCUAAUGAUCAUGUCAAUAAAAGCCAGAGCUCCAACGACACGUUCCCCACGGCCAUGCACAUUGCAGCUGCCAAGGAAGUCCAUGAGGUUCUACUCCCAGGCCUGCAGACUCUCCACGAUGCCCUGGAGGCCAAGGCUGCAGAGUUCAAGGACAUCAUCAAGAUAGGGCGCACUCAUACCCAAGAUGCUGUGCCCCUCUCACUGGGACAGGAGUUUGGGGGCUAUGUUCAGCAGGUGAAGUACAGUAUUGAGCGUGUUAAGGCGGCCAUGCCAAGAGUUUAUGAGCUGGCUGCAGGGGGCACUGCUGUGGGAACCGGCCUUAACACUCGCAUUGGGUUUGCUGAGAAAGUUGCAGCAAAGGUGUCUGCUCUCACAGGUUUGCCCUUUGUCACGGCGACUAACAAGUUUGAGGCACUGGCAGCACACGAUGCCCUGGUGGAGCUGAGCGGAGCACUCAAUACGGUGGCCUGCAGCAUGAUGAAGAUCGCCAACGACAUUCGAUUCCUGGGCUCGGGUCCGCGUUCCGGCCUGGGAGAGCUCAUCCUGCCCGAAAACGAGCCAGGAAGCAGCAUCAUGCCAGGAAAGGUGAACCCCACCCAGUGUGAGGCCAUGACUAUGGUGGCUGCACAGGUAAUGGGCAACCAUGUGGCUGUGACCAUUGGUGGUAGCAACGGGCACUUUGAGCUAAACGUCUUCAAACCCAUGAUGAUAAAGAACGUGCUGAACUCGGCGCGACUCCUGGGAGACGCGUCGGUCUCCUUCACCCAGAACUGUGUGGUGGGGAUCCAAGCCAACAGGGAGCGGAUCAACAAGCUCAUGAACGAGUCGCUCAUGCUGGUCACGGCUCUCAAUCCACACAUAGGCUAUGAUAAAGCUGCCACGAUCGCCAAGACGGCGCACAAGGAAGGCUCCACGCUGAAAGCCACCGCCAUCAAGCUGGGAUACCUCACAGAAGAGCAGUUUGACCAGUGGGUCAGACCCCAGGACAUGCUGGGCCCUAAGUAGCCUAGGUGUGCUGCACUAGGGCUAGAUUAUCGAAAAAAAAUUGAUAUCUUUGUACAAUAAAAUUAACUG